AUGCUAAGCGCAUCUACUAACUACGGUAGAUUAACGAGUAUGAAGGCGAAUUUGGGUACUCGACCAGCAAAGAAAAGUUCAUCUGUUUGGUCGAAAGCACAACCGCCCGAACUACCCGUACCCGAGAGCCCUAUGGGCUCCGCAAAAUCGAAAUCGAGUGUGAGACAAGACAAUGACACACCUCAUCCCAUCGAUCCUGCGGCAUACGUACAACUGCAGAAGAUUGUGCGGAGGCUACUAGAUAGCACAAUGUUACUUUGGGUCGCUAUGCUUAUGACGAACUGCUUGAGGACUCAGGAGUCCUCAAGACCGAUGCUGGAACUGGACGGAAGUAGAGUCGCGCAGGCCUUCACUCCAGUCCAGCCUUCCCCGAGCCUUGGGACGAGCAUGCUAAAGGACUCCUCGCAACCCAGCGGCCAAUUCAGCAACGAGUAUCAAGUUUCUGAAGCGUCAGAAGCGUGCCAAAGAGAGACAUGCGAAGCUGAAGACUACGAAUAG